AGUUCCUGAUCGCACAGGGCUGGCUCCUGGCUGCAGCGGACCGCGCGAGUCCGCCAGCAGCAGCGGCGUGGCGGAACCAGGGCUGGGAAGCGACUGGAAGCCCAGCAACGCGCAGACAACGGCCCAGCGGGGGACACCCCUCCGGAGCAGGCCAGAUCUUCAGAGGACUCAUGCCUACGUCUUCCCCCUGAGCUCCGACUACUUCUCAGUAGAAAGAAAGCAUACUGGGAACAGACACUGGAGUGCUCUUGAAGAAAGGUCCCAUGGGGACUGUACCUGACCCUCUGAGGGUGACUAAAGCUUCAAUAGUGGCAGCUUCUGAGAAGGAAGGAUCUCGAGGGGAGCUACAGAGUGUCUCGCCACAACCACCUCAGCCAGAUAAGAAUGCUAGUGGCAUUGGCAAUGCUCCUGAAGAACUCGGCCUCAGGCUCAGUACAGCUGCUCAGGCUCUGAUGCAAGCUUGUGUGUAUGAGUCCAGCCAGCAAGACAUGGCAUCUCCUGAUGUCUUCAAUAAGGCAGAGCAAGUGUCUCCCAAACAGAAAACUCCAGAUGACUCCCAGUUUCAAGGAAGCAAGGAGCUGGCAGCACCAGGUCCAAAUGCUACCGCAGAAAAGGAACUUAUAACCGCACCAUUUUUAGUGUCUGCAGUCCAGCACACUCACCAUGCCAUCCAAAGCGACCCUCCAAAUGCUAGCACCUGUCCAGUACCUGAAGAUUCCUUGGUGAAAUCAGAGGCAAACUCAAACAGUGAGAAACCUGGAAAGUCAAGUUGUUCUACCAGGGUCACUUGUUGCAGCAGCAAAAAUGAAGUGCUCUGCGAUUUUCCUUCUCCAGAAACCAGCCAGGGAAUUGUACAGACUCCUGAUACAGCAAUGAGGAUUCACUCAUCCCCUUCUGCAGAUGGAUCUGAGGGGGAAGGGCAGAAAGCCAUCAGUAACACCACAGUGGCAUCCAGUGAACCUCCAGCAAAAGGGGGAUGCUCAGAGAACAAACAGCCCUCUGCCACUGCAUUGGACACUACAGCUGAAAGGUCGGAAAAGACUCCACUACCCCCCCUUACCAGCAGAGUGGCCACAUGUUCUUCAGAAGAAAGGCAGGCACAGCUCCCAGCACAGCAUCCAGUGUCAAGGUUCAAAGAAGCCAGUACAAUGACCUGCCAAGCUGAAAGUGAGGCCAAGGAGGUCCCUGGCAGGGCUUGGCAAGAUGCUGAGGUGCAGGCAGUGGCAAGUGUGGAGAGCAGGUCUGUCUCUACCAGCCCCAGUAUCCUCCCCGAAUUCUUAAAAGAAAAUCCUGCUCCCAAGCAGAAUGGUCAAGAGCAUCUGAGUGUCAUUUGCUAUGGCAAGGGCAGUGGGAGCCACUUGUUGGAACUCUCUAACAACAUGGUAGAUCCCCAGGAGUCAAGGCAGUACCCCAGCAUUGUACCACAGGUGCAUAUCCAGGCAGCUGUUGCCAUGCCUGCAGCUUUCAAAGGGGGAUGCAAACCAGCGAACCAACCAGCUGAAGGCCUUAGAUCCCCACUGAGCCAUGUGGCCUCCAGUCGAAACCCGGAUACAGAGGAAGAGCCACGGCCUUCAACAAGCAAAGAGGCAACCUCCAGACAGCUUGCAGGUACUAAUCCUGACUCCCAGAAAGCUAGCCCCACUGGCCAGAUUUCCCUCCUGCCAGGGAAUCAAGCUGAGAUAAGUCAGGGGUUGGGGAACUCUGGACCCAGGGAACCUGAAUUUGUAGGGAAAACUACAAAUGACCACAAAGCAGAGCCAGGCUGCAAACCAUCCAAUUCCCGUGGAAGUGCCAACAGAGAGCACCCCCCGGAGAGCUUGGACCCCACUGAUAAAAGAGGUCCAAAGGACAAGAAGCCUGCUUCUCCUCUUAUUGUGAAAGACCCUGCACCUGGAGCCACCAGCACCCUAGAUGCCAAAACCCUACUGCUAAAUCCUAAAUCUCAAGGAAAUGAAGGUGAGGGACCAGAAGUGAUUCCUGCACCCUCCCCAGGGAAGAAGAGCCAACAGAACACUUUGGAAGAACACAGGCAAACCAAGACAGUCACAAGCCUGAGCCUGCCAUCAGAUGGCAUAGGUGACUCGAGCCCAGGCUCUGGUAAGAGGACCCCUUCUCGCUCAGUCAAGGCCAGCCCGCGCAGGGGCAGCCGGGUCAGCGAGUUCCUGAAGGAGCUCAAUGUGACAGCUGCUGCUGCCCAGGUGGGGCUCACACCUGGAGAGAAGAAGAAACAGCUGGGUGCAGACUCCAAGCUGCAGCUGAAACAGUCCAAGCGGGUGAGGGACGUGGUGUGGGAUGACCAGGGCAUGACCUGGGAAGUGUAUGGUGCUUCCUUGGACCCAGAGUCCCUGGGAGUUGCCAUCCAGAACCAUUUACAAAGACAAAUUAGGGAACAUGAGAAGUUAGUUAAAACACAAAGUGGCCAAACUCGAAGAUCUAUUUCCUCAGAUUCUUCUUCAAGUAAGAAGCUUAAAAGGAGACAACAGGGUGUUCUGCAGUCCAUGCUGCAAAACUUGCGGCGCCCCAACUGCUGUGUCCGUCCUGCCCCGUCCUCUGUGCUGGACUAAAAGGGACCCGCACUGGUGUAUGAGCUGUGGUAUUCCUUGUGUCUAUUCGUGUCGAAACUUAGAAGUUGGGCUUCUGUUUUGUUUUGGGUUUGCUGUCAUUGUUUUCUGAGAGACCUAGUGGUAAAAGCAACUAUUAAGUUUAAGAAUUAGCUAUUAUAGAUUGUCGGGUUCUCCACAAACAAAAUGUCGUUUCACACUGGUAGAAUGCAAGAGGUAAAGCAAAGCUUGCAGAUAGUCUACAUCCCGAUUCAGAAGAAAUGACUGUCACUGCGGUUUUUUAAUACAUUAUUAUUUAUACAUACAUUUUUAUUACACAGAAGUCAUUUGGUAUUUUCACUUCAAUCUAUCACAGGAUGCUAUUUCUACUAAAAUACCUGCUUUAUGUUAAAACUAUCAAAAACAACUAUUAGCAACACUGGUAAUUUCUAGUAUUACUGAGGCAAGGAUGCUAGUACCACAAAAGGAUGCUAGUAGCACAAGAGGAUGUUAAUCUGCAAAAGUUUAAGUACCUUAUAAGACCCUCAAUGUGAACUCUUGAAAAAAAAAUGUAUGCUAUUCCUGGGACAAAUAAGAUGAAAUGAAAAUAUUCAAAAAUAUGUAAAAAAAAAACUACGAAUUGGCUAUAGGCAUCUAAAGCUAACCCUUUUUAUGUGAAGAAGUUCUUGUUAGAAAAGUUAGCUAGAUCUCCACCUAUGAAUACUGCCUAUACAAAACAUGAACUUAUGUGUACAUUUUCCUGCAUUGAAAGCAAAAUGCAUCCCUGUGCUUUGGACCACAUUAACAUGGUAUUUUCUUACAUUAGAGAAAGUGUCUGUGACUGGAGUUAUGGAAUUAAGAAGGACAGUAAAUUUUGAAAUGUAAGUGUGUCCUCUGCUAACAGUUUCUGAUUCCUUAAAUGUACAACCUAGAUUCCUUCAGAUUUAUCACUUUUAAGAGACAUACUGUCAUACUUCAGAGAUCUUCAUAAGAUCAUAGUUUGAACUUUGGGCAGCCAUCUUCCCUCAUUGAUUUCUACAGAAGGAUAGACGUGCACGGGAACAUCCUUGACACGCAGAGUUGGGGUGGCGGCGGCAACUUGUACAUUGGGGUAGGAUGGAGAAGGAGCAUGGCAAAGGUUUAUGGAAGGCCUUCCUCCCGGCAUUCAUCAUCUAGACAAUGCUAAUCUGCAGGUUGCAGUUAACACUUCAGACUUAGAUGUCAAGAGCAACAGCUAACUGCCUUUGCUGAAAUCACUCCUGAUAAGCUAGAAAAGAGGACCUGCCAUGUACCUUUUUUUCCUUUAAAGACUCAAAUAUCAGUGGGACAGCCACAUAUCUAUUUUGGCUUUUUUCAGUUUAUUUCUAUUUCGUAGAUUGAAAACAUAAAAUUAUACCUGAGCUCCAAAUCCUGAGCUACACUGCAUUUGAUUUCUACAAGAGAAAUAUAACUGGGUAUGUAACUGCAGAAGUAGGUCACAGUGACAGCACGCUCGGAGGUGGAGCAUGAUAAUUACAGUGUUAAACUUGGAACUUAUAAUGAAUCUCUUAAUAAGGCACAUUUUCAGCUUCUUACUAAUUGGCUUCUAUUAAGCAUGCUUUAUAAAGUAGGAAUUACUGUCAAAUUACUGAUCAAAUUGCUAUAUUAAUGAUUAGAGAUUUAGUAUAAAACUCUCCCUUUUAGUGUAAGUACUCAUUUGUCUCAGACUCCUUUGUUGGGAUUUUAUCUGUCUCCUAUCUUACACAUGCCUUGGCCUUCUGUCACGUGUCAGCACUGUGUAUACAUGAACACACACCCCCUAACACACA